AAGAAACUCAAUAUUCGACCAGUUAAUAAUCCAAAAUAUCCACGUGCAAGACUCCCUAAUUUUUGGGAUUUUCGCGAUCAGAAAACGAACGGAGUUGGCAGCACCGCUGUCAAGAAAAUACAAACCUGUGCGCCCAGCUUUAGCUUUCAUAAAACUUUUGUUAAAAAGGCCGCCGUCUAGUUUCUGUUAGUUGAAGAAUAUAUUCCUACAUUAUCUAAGGCUUAUUCCGAUACAUUGAAAUGGCCAGCGGUCAGCAAGUUCCUCCGGAGCGCCACUUUGGAUUCCAGUGCCUCAGCUGUUUGGCGUCCAACUUUCCGGGUCGCCGCUAUAGUUGCGCCGUAUGCACAACGUACAACUUGUGUGGCGAUUGCUUUGACGCCAAUCUUGGCCCGGAAGUUGACAAUCAUCUAUACUACCAUCCUCUAAAGGUAUAUUACACACGCACCGCACUCCAGCUGUACUUCAAUGGCGAAACCGAGAGAUAUUCCAUAAACAACCCCUCGCUCCAGAGCUACAAAUGUGCUCUGUGCCAUGUCCGUGGCCUGACUAGCGGCCAACUGUACAAGCAUCUCUCGAAGUAUCAUCGUUCCCAUCGGGAUUAUAACGAGUACGCCGAUAUGGUGUACAUCUAUAACCAAUCUGAAAACUCCAUGACGCCGCCGACCGCCUCGCUGCAGGAUGAGGAGCAGGAUUCGCAAGAUAGCCGUGCUAUUGUUGACUUUCUAUUGCCGCCGGAGCAGGCAAGGCGCUCGACCCAUUCCCGCAGGGGCUUUUGCGAAGAUGGCUUGACCAUGGCUCAGCUGCUGGUGCAAUUGAAAAUGCUUAAUCUAACUGCCCCAGACUUUCCCAUUCGUUGUGUGGACAUCCUGAAGCGGGCCCAUUCGCUUCAAUGGCAGCAGAGUGGUCGUGAUGUUGUGAAGACUGCGGAGAAAUAUGUUAAUCUAAUUGAGCAUGAGGUGGCCGCCGGUCUCUGCGAGCGCCGUCAACGUCUUAGUCGCACAUCAUCCAUGCGCGUAAUUCAACGGAACGGUGCAAUGAUCGUUCUGCCCGCUUCCAAUGGAUCAGAGACAGUGCGUACCCCUGCCACAUCCUCGGAGACCAGUCGCACACUGAUCAUCAACGAAGACUCUGAAUUUCCUGGCGUGGUGGGAUCUGGCAAAUAUCGCCAAGCCCUCGGGUCAUCAAAGCACCCGAAGGUGUUGCAGGAUACCAAAGACCAUGAGGAGAAAACUGAGGCCUCUGACAAGAAUCGCUUUCUCUGCUCCAAAUUCUUGGUGGGCAACAAGUCCACAAACCGCAGCCGCGUCGUCAACACUCAGCUAAAGACGACGUUCAUUGAGUCCCUACUUUGCUCAAUGCUGGCAGAUGAAGAGCUCGGUCCAUCGACAUUCGAGCCGUUUUCCUUAGGUGAUCUGAAGAGUCAGGAUGCGGAGCGCCAGAAAAAAUUAACCAUCAUUUCCUGGAAACCACAUCAAAGCACAGUGACAAAUAAUUUGCCAGUGCAGAUGCCAUAUAUGAAUGAAAUGUUACGUUUUUACAAGGCCCUUGACGUAUACAAGAACAAAAUGGAUAAUCUAAAUCCUUCGACAGACGCAGAUAAGGAUAAGGAUACUGCUGAGGAGCCCAACAAUUCGAAUAAUGAUGAAUUUUCAUUCAUGGAUGACUCUGCCGAGUCGAAUGGGGAUGGUGAUGGGACUGGUAACCAAGGAAACGCGAAUGAAUCGGCUUCGGGAGUCAACCCAGAAAUGCCAGAAGCUAGAUCGGACUUUGAACUAUUGGAAUUGACCAUGGCCCGUAUCAUUCAGGGCAUAGAUGCCAUCAUCAACGAUGACAUCGAUUUUUGAUGUACUUAAAACUGAAGGAUCAUCCAAUUAAAAGCGCAGUCACGAACAGAAUGAAGAAUUAAUUUGUAAUUUGAAUAAAAA